AUGUCUCAAUACGCCCUCUACGCAUUCGACGCAGCGGCUCACACGUCAGAAGAGGCGAAGCGGUCCGACGUGACGACUCCCUUUGCGAUGAUCGCCGCCCUCUCCGUCAUCUGCUUCAUGCAAUGGGGCGUCAUCGUGGCACUCACAUUCUGCAUCCAGGACCCAGAGAACCUGCUUUCAAAAGACACGGUGACAGGCGGGGACUUUGCAGAGGUGCAGAUUCUGUGGGACGUAUUCUAUGGCAGGUUCGGCAGCGGCACGGGUGCAUGUGUCGUCCUUGGUCUCUUCUUUACUGCUUUCUUCUUUUCCACCAUCACUCUCAUCCUUGCUGCUGCCCGCGUGGGCUACGCCUUGUCUCGCGACAGGGGCCUCCCUUUGUCUUUCCUGUGGCGGCGAGUGAGCGCCCACAAGGUGCCGGUGAACGCCAUAGCGUGCACCAGCGCCAUCGCCAUCGUCUUCCUCAUGCCGCUGCUCGGAGGCUCCGUGGCCUACUUUGCCGUGACGGGGAUGGCGACGGUGGGGUGGUUCGGCGCGUACGGAGUGCCGGUCUUCUUUCGGAUUAUCCAGUCUGACAGGGACUUUUCUCCGGGGCCCUUCUAUCUUCCCAACUACAUCGGGCACAUGGGCGGGUGA